AUGGGAAUAGAAUGUAAUGUUCGUCCUCAUUGCCUCGCAUGCAAGAAAAAACUUUGUACUAUUGGUUUUUGUACAAAAGAAGAAUGUAGAAGGGUUCAAAUACUAGAAAAAGAAUCUAAAAGGGUUGAAAAAGAGAAUGAACCCCUCCAAAUAUUGCUCGAAGAAAAAUCGAAAAUUAUCUUAACAUUAGAGCAAAGAAUUCAAAGGAUAACUUUUGGAGAAGUGAUUCCGGGUAUUUAUUUUAUUAUUCUCCUUCAGCAUGAAAAAAAUCCUAAAAAUGCCGAAAAAUGUUAA